GCCAGGUGCGCAGGGCCGGCUCCGCGGCGGGGGCCGUGCGUGAGGAGCCCGGCCGGGCGCUGCCGCCAUGGAGCACAUCCGGAUGCCCAAGGUGGAAAAUGUUAGGUUACUUGAUCGUUUAUCUUCAAGAAGAGCUGUGGUGGGAACCUUGUAUUUAACAGCUACCCAUGUCAUAUUUGUGGAGAAUGGUUCUGAAACCCGCAAAGAAACCUGGGUUCUCCACAGCCAAAUUUCCUCUAUUGAGAAGCAAGCCACCACUGCCACUGGUUGCCCCUUACUGAUCCGCUGCAAGAACUUCCAGGUGAUCCAUCUGGUGAUCCCUCAGGAACGAGACUGCCAUGACGUUUACAUAUCCCUGAUACGUCUGGCUCGGCCAGUGAAAUAUGAAGAGCUGUACUGCUUCUCCUUCAAUCCAAAAUUAGAUAAAGAAGAACGAGAGCAAGGGUGGAAGCUUGUGGACCUCAAUGAAGAAUAUAACAGGAUGGGUGUUCCAAACAGCUAUUGGCAGAUUAGUGAUGUGAACAGAGACUAUGGAGUCUGUGACUCCUAUCCUACAGAAGUCUAUGUACCAAAGUCUGCAACUGCACCCAUCAUAGUGGGGAGUUCCAAAUUUCGCAGCCGAAGGCGUUUCCCAGCUCUUUCCUACUACUGCAAGGGCAACAAUGCCUCCAUAUGUAGAAGCAGCCAGCCUUUAUCUGGCUUUAGUGCUCGAUGCCUUGAGGAUGAGCAGAUGCUCCAGGCCAUCAGAAAAGCCAAUCCAGGCAGUGAUUUUAUCUAUGUUGUUGACACUCGGCCCAAACUCAAUGCAAUGGCAAACAGAGCAGCAGGGAAGGGCUAUGAAAAUGAAGACAACUACUCCAACAUCAAGUUUCAAUUCAUAGGCAUUGAGAACAUCCAUGUUAUGAGAAAUAGUCUGCAGAAGAUGCUUGAAGUUUGUGAGCUGAAAUCACCUUCAAUGAGUGACUUUCUGUGGGGCCUAGAAAAUUCUGGCUGGCUGAAGCAUAUCAAAGCCAUUAUGGACGCUGGCAUUUUUAUUGCAAAGGCUGUGGCUGAGGAAGGUGUGAGUGUGCUUGUUCACUGCUCUGAUGGCUGGGAUAGGACAGCCCAGGUUUGCUCUGUAGCAAGCCUUCUAUUGGAUCCAUAUUACAGAACUAUGAAGGGAUUCAUGGUGUUAAUUGAAAAAGACUGGGUUUCCUUUGGCCACAAAUUUAACCACAGGUAUGGCAAUUUAGAUGGAGAUCCAAAGGAGAUAUCACCUGUUAUUGACCAGUUCAUCGAAUGUGUUUGGCAGCUAAUGGAACAGUUUCCUUGUGCCUUUGAAUUCAAUGAAAGAUUCCUCAUCCACAUACAGCAUCAUAUCUAUUCUUGCCAGUUUGGGAAUUUCCUGUGUAACAGCCAGAAGGAGAGAAGAGAGCUGAAAAUCAAAGAAAGAACGUAUUCAUUGUGGGCUCACUUGUGGAAAAAUCGUGCCGAUUACCUGAAUCCUUUAUACAGGUCAGACCACAGUCAAACCCAAGGGACCCUGCACCCACAGAUAACUCCAUGCAACUUCUUGUACAAGUUCUGGAGUGGUAUGUACAACCGCUUUGAAAAGGGGCUGCAUCCUCGACAGUCAGUUACUGAUUAUCUGAUGGCAGUGAAGGAAGAAACUCAGCAGCUGGAGGAAGAGCUGGAAGUCUUGCAAGAGAGAUUGGCAAAUCUUCAGAAAUCACAAUCAGGUAAUAAUAAAGUCAAGAGUAAGCAACAAGACCGAAGCAAACAGUUUGGACUGUAUACCUCCAACAACAGCUUAGCUAACACUCCCCAGGAGUAUAGCAGUGAUCUGAAAUCAUUCCCAUCCCGGAGCCCUUCUCAAGGGGAUGAAGAUUCCGCCCUGAUUUUGACACAGGAUAACCUGAAAAGCUCUGAUCCUGACCUCUCAGCCAACAGUGACCAGGAGUCUGGUGUGGAGGACUUAAGCUGUAGGUCCCCAAGUGGGGGUGGCUGCGUGCCUAGUGAAGACAGUGGCAAGGACUCUGACGAAGCUGUAUUUCUGGCAGGCUGAAAUACCUGCAUGGCAGCAAGGAUCCAGAUGAUGUAGAGUCUUACACAGUCUGGAAUGACAUCUUUUCAUCAGAUGAAGAAUGGAAGUGGUCUGUGGCCUAAAGAAAUAAUCCAAAGAAAGGGAACUGUGCAAUUGUGUAAGUUAAGAUCUGAGCAGAACAAGUCAUUACUAAUUUUAACACAUUACACUAAAGAAAGGUAAUGCUGUUAUAUUUCAUUAAGCCAAUAUGGUGGUUGUUUUAUCAAUGCUGUACAUAAUUAUCCCUUACUUUGUACAUUUCCACAGUUAUUUAUUGGACAGGAUAAUAGUUCUUUUCCUAAGAUGUGAAAUUCCAAAGUACUCUUACAGAAGGCUGAAGAUGCAUUAUUGUUAGCCUCACUGGUGAAGCAGUCACAACUUAUUUUUGUACAGCUCAUUUACCUUCAGACAUAUGUAUUUUCUCUGCUUUUUUCUUCACAAGAAGUUAGAACAAUUAUUUUGCAUAUUCUCCUACUAAUAUCCUUUACAGCAAAGUAAAACUAACAAAUGGACACCCUGGCUCAGGGGACAAGGAUUUUUUUGAUCCUUGAAAAAAAAAAUCCAUUAAUAAGCAGUUGCUGCUGCUGCAUCUGAAUGCAUCCAAUUUCUACUCAAUUCUCAACCACUGUUGAAAGUUCAGUAGAUUCUGUGACCACAACAUCAAGGCUCACACAGCCUUUGUGCUAAAACACUCCUUUGUAACAAAAGCUGCACCAGGCAGUUUGCUCUUGCCUCUUUAUGUUUUGUUAUCAAGUUUGUUUAUAUCUUACCCGUGUUCCAAACCACCUACACAAGAUAUAAAAUUUUAAAGGUGAUAAAAUCCCUGAUUCUUCAGCCUGUUUUCCUACUUGAAAAUGUUUUGAGUGGAAGUGAGGUACAUACACAGAGUAGAUGGAAUAGGGAAUAUCAAAUCACUUACAGAAAUCAUUAUGAAAACAUCAUUCUGAAUCAGUAAGUAAAUGAAAGCUAUGCCCAUAAAGGAACUGUUACAGAGAAUAUUUCUUCCAAAUUUUGUUAUUCAAAAUAAACUAACCGUAACCACCUGGUGUUUCUUAUCCUCACACAAAAUUUCCCUUUUAGUAUUUGCCAACCUGAACAGAGCAUGGCAAUACUAAUUUAAGAAAAGGACUGAUUCACUAUUUAUCAGAAAGUUUAAUCUCAUUUAAGAAUUCAGAUAUUUUUGAGAAUAGGAGUAAUAUUUUUCAUAAUCAACAGUUCAGAAGUAAACAACUGAAAAAUCUUCAAAAUUUGGAAUGUCUUGAAACUCACUAAAGAGGUGGCCGGCCAUAUUAGGCUGCAACUUGAUUUCAAGUUUGUUGUUUUUUAAAAUUUUAUUUAAAGCCAGCAGUUAAAAAUAUCAUUCAUAUGGCUGCUUUUACAUGCUUGAAGACAGUGCAGAAUUGAACUCUAGUAGAGCAAAGUGGUAGUAAUGUAAGUUUACUUAGAUUGCAUUUCACACACUCCUUCAAGUACAGACCUACAGAAAGAAUAGUAUUAUAUAAAUAUACCUCAAUUUAGAAUAAUUAGAUUUUAAUUAUUCAGUCUGCUUUUCUGGAAUGGCUUUUCAUUCUGUUCUGUGAACAUGUUAUUGAAAGUGAAUAGGUAAACUUCAGUAUUAUUACUAUCCUCUAAAGGGAGCUGCUGUCUUUGAACAAAUAAUUCUUAACAGCAAGGUUUAUCUUUAUAUUGGAAAGGUGAGAUCCUCAAUUUGAUAAAUCACUAUGGCUCAAUUCAAAUAAAAACAACAAUAAAUGAUAUUCUGUUGAGAAUCUAGCCUUCUGGUUUUUAAUCUUUAUGAAUUUUUAAUAAAUUAAAGCCCUGAUUUUAACUGCACUUUUAAAAGUGUUUUGUAUUUUGAACAUAGCCUGUAAACUUUAUAGCAUUAAAGGAAACUUUGAAUGGGUUUUCUCAAACUAAAGAAACAUGCUGCAAAGUCAGCAAUGAAAACAAAACACACAAAUAUUCUGCCAAAAAAUCAGUCUGAAAAUUGGCAAUGUUAUUGUACAUAUUUAAAAUGUAAAAUGGUAUAUGAAGACAUUGUGUUCAACUAGACAUGUACAGAAAUAAAUGCAGAAGAGGAAGACAUGCAAAUUCAAAGCACCGUCUUUGUGUUGCUUAUGCAACGCCUUGUAACUAGCUUUACAACUAAAAUAUUAACAUACUAAUAUUUUCUUUAUUAAGCCUUCACUUAGCAGCCCUCUGUGAUGUGUGUUUUAGUCCUUAGAGUUUUGCAUUAACUACUACUGCUUACAUUGUACUGUAUGUAUUUGUGGCAUUAUCAGGCUAAUGAGAAACACCUUCAAAUAAACACUUAGGUGUUAUGAAAUGUUAUUUCACACCAGA